AUUUGAUGGGUUGUCAUGUCCUUGCAGUUUUUAUUUAAAAUCUGGAAAUAUCAAAGUUGUAAUUCAGAUAUUGAUGUAUACUUCACACGGCACGAUGGUUGGUUAUUUAAUAUACCAAGUCCACAAGUGAAUAGUAAACACCCAGUUAAAAGUUAGAAACACGGGCUCAUUUUAUAUUUUGCGGUGGCUAUUGUGAUAGUGACUCCCUCACUACCCACCCUCUGUUUUUUUUAGCCCCCACCGCCCUGUGUUAGGCGUUGGCAGCUUCGGGAUACACCCUACAGGUAUAGACCCCCCCUGGGCAGAAACUGCAUAAAAACAUCAUAUGCAAAACUAUUGUUGUCAAAAUCUAAGAGCAGAUGUUAUUUGAAAGUAGCGUGGCUUGGGUAUGUGAUUGGAGUAAGAGUCUGUAUCUCUGUGGACUCUUCUCUAUACACGCAAGCCUGACCCCUAUGCCAGUAAUGUAUGUAUUGCACCCUGUUACUUAAAGUGUGCAUAUUUAUUAAAUAUACUACAUUAUGAAAAGGAUAUUUUAUCAAAACUUGGGCAAAUUACACACAAAAUAGAAUUGCCUACAAUAAAACCUCAACAGGAAAACAAUAAUAAUGCAAACAAACUAACUACUAACUUCUUAAAUAGAAAAUAUAUAUAUAUUUUAGUGUAAUUUGUUAUGUUUCAUAGUUAAAUCACAAAUAAAUGUUGGAUUUGGGUGAAAAAAUGUUACAAAGCUUUUGUUCCAAGACAUCCCUGGGCACUGCGUAAUUACGCACCAGUAAAAAGAAAUAUAUAUAUUAAAAUCAAAAACAAAAUUUCAUCCACUAUAUAUGAAAUAAUGAACGUAAUUGUGUACUAUUUGAUAAGAUGUAAAUGUAAGAGUUUGCAGAAUUGGUAUUUGGGGAAUGAGCAUCCGGUGCGUCCAAACGUAUCUUCUUUACGCACGCAUUUCUUCGGCUUCUUGAUGCAGAUUUUGUUUUAUUUGGUCUAUGGAUCAUAACGCAGACACGCACUGGAGUUGUUACGCUUGGAUUAAAGUAGAGGACAGAUGGUUAUCUUACUAAAUGUGAUGCUUUUCUGUUGUUUUCAUCGAAUACGUGGCCAGUCAAAUCGUUUCGUGUUGGCUUGGGGGCGUACCCGUGACGCACGGAGACCGACGCCAUGGACCUGGAUAUAUACCGUGGCCCAUGGCAGUUUGACACACAUCUUCGUCGAUAUCUGUUUUGGAUACUUCUCUGGUACGAAGACGACUCUCAAAAUGUCUCCAAACAUGACUUGUGAAGCUCUCCAGUCUUUUUCUCCACGACUAAGUGUGGCCAAAAGAAAAGAGGCUCUUGAGCUCAGAAAGACUAUGAAACCUUUAAUGGAAAAAAGAAGGCGCGCCCGUAUCAACGACAGCCUGAACCACUUGAAAAACCUCAUUCUUCCCCUCACAGGCAGAGAUAAGACUCGCUACUCCAAGCUUGAGAAAGCCGACAUCCUAGAAAUGACUGUGAGGUUCCUCAGCGACAUCCCCCCCGUUAACACCAAAAAUUCCACAGACAGUUACAAGGAAGGCUACAAAGCCUGCCUCCAGCGCGUCUCAGCUCUGCUCCCCAAAACGAGCCUGGACCAAGACGCGUGCCAGCGGGUGAACGACUUCGUCCAGCGGUCCAUGUCCGCCACAGUCACCCCAUCCUGCAUGAACUGCUGUGCUCAGAACUCCAAGACUUUCCCGCAGAUCCAGCAGAUCCAGCAGAGACUCUUCAGCCUCAAAUCCAGCUUCAGCUCCAGACUGGAAAGCCAGUCCCGCAGCAGCAGCGGCGCAGUGGCUCCCGGCCGAGCGCAUCCCGGCCCGCAGGCUGUCAGCGCCGCCAUGUGGAGACCUUGGUAGA